UUGACACAAGCCACAAUUCAGAUGGCGAAUCUUAGUUUUGUGGACAGUGAAAGUAUUCAUCGGUUGGAAGGUUCAAGCGGAGAAGAGAGUAAAGGUGGUUUGAUUUUAAUGAAAAAAAGAUGCACCCCCGAUGAUGAUAGCAAUUCGCUAACGUUUAAAAAACCCAAAACUUCGUUGUUGGGUUUGGACAGACUGGCUGCGAUAAAAAAUAAAAUCCGUGAAGAAGAAGAAGUCGAUAAGGACAAAAAAUGGAAAGAAAAGAAAAGAAGUUCUUUCCAUAAAGAUGAUGAUGAUGAUGAUGAUGAUGUUGACGACGAUUAUGAUCGGCGCGAUUAUCGUGGCCGCGACGAGGACACCAGACACAAGAAACGCAAAUCUCAUAAAGAUCUGAAAGAGAGGCAUUAUCGUGUUCCUCAGGAGGAAACCCCAUCACAUCCAGGUGGAGUGAGCACAGCUGCAAAGGAGAAAAUCCAGAGUCGACAUAACCGAGAGAAAGAACGAGGCGUCUAUGCUUCCUCAAAAGAUCCUAAUCGGUCAAGGAGUGGCAAAAGUGGUGAUGACGGUUUGAAAAGUCAGUACCACCGAAGAGAAGAACGUGACGGAUAUAAGGAUCGUGAUUAUAAAUCUCACCACAGAGACAGAGAAAGGGACAGAGGUCGUGUCAAAGAACAUGGAAGCUCAGAGAGGAAGAGGAGCCAUUCAGAUGAUCGGCCUCGGAAAAGUGAAAAGAGUGAACGUAGCAGUCGAAGUUGGGAAUUCUCUGAAAGAGAAAGUCGGAGACGGGAACGAGAGUGGGAAGAAACACCCAGAAGCGAACGCUUUGAUGAGCUUGCAACACCGGACCUUCGACCUACAGAUACUCCCUUAACAAAGGCUGCCUGGGAUGAUGAUGAUAGUGGUUCUUGUACUCCUCUACGAAAGUCCAGUUGGGAUUUAAAUUCUGUCAGUGGCACUCCUGCUCGAGAGUCUGACUUCAGCGAGAGAAGUGAACGAUCAUUGUACAGAGAAAGUAGCCGAAGUCGAAGCAGAAGAUCAAGAGAUUUAGAAACUCCUCUUCCAACGCCGACCUACAAAUAUAAUGAAUGGAUGAGUGAACGUGAUAGAAAGCAAUUGUAUAGAGAAUCCAGUCGAGGAGGAGACAAAUUGGAUUUGAGAUUUGAGACUGAAGAAGACAAACAAGACUGGGAAGAGGAGCAGAAACGUCUUGACCGUGAAUGGUAUGGAAUGGAUGAGGGUUAUGAUGAUGAGCACAAUCCAUUCUCGGGCAUGUCCAGUGAAUACACGCAGAAGAAGGAAGAAGAAAUGGAACAAAAGAAAAAAAAGAGAAUGUCUGCACGACAGAGGCAAAUCAACAAAGAUAUUGAGCUUUGGGAGACAAACCGGAUGCUGAGAAGUGGAGUGGUCAGCAAAAUCAGUUAUGAUGAUGAUUUUGAGGAAGAUAAUGAAGCCCGAGUGCAUCUCUUGGUUCAUAAUACUGUUCCGCCGUUCUUGGAUGGUCGAAUUGUAUUCACAAAGCAACCAGAACCUGUUAUACCUAUCAAAGAUGCAACAUCUGACAUGGCUGUUGUGUCGAGAAAAGGCUGUCUGGUGGUGAGAGCCCACCGUGAACAAAAAGAACGGAGAAAAGCCCAAGUGAAACACUGGGAACUCGCAGGGACAAACAUUGGUGAAAUCAUGGGCAUCAAGAAAGAGGAAGAAAAGGAUGAGAAAGUGAAUGAAAGUGGAGAUGUAGAUUAUAAAGCUGACCACAAAUUUGCUGACCUUAUGCCAGUUGCAAAUGAGGCUGUCAGUGAAUUUGCCAAACGAAGAACAAUUUCUCAGCAGAGGCAGUUUUUGCCUAUUUAUGCUGUGCGCAAUGAGCUUUUGAAUAUUGUACGCGAUAACAAUGUUGUUGUAAUUGUGGGAGAAACAGGAUCUGGGAAGACCACACAACUUACACAGUAUCUUCAUGAAGAUGGUUAUUCCAAUUAUGGAAUGGUUGGCUGCACUCAGCCACGUCGUGUGGCCGCAAUGUCUGUGGCCAAACGAGUAUCAGAAGAGAUGGGUGUUAAACUUGGUGAAGAGGUUGGUUAUGCCAUUCGAUUUGAAGAUUGUACAACUGAGAAUACUUUAAUCAAAUACAUGACAGAUGGUAUUCUUCUUCGAGAGUCUCUCAGAGAAUCUGACUUGGACAACUACAGUGCCAUUAUCAUGGAUGAGGCACACGAACGGUCGCUCAACACGGAUGUUUUAUUUGGCUUACUCAGAGAUGUUGUGUCAAGACGCCAAGACUUAAAGUUGAUUGUAACUUCUGCAACAAUGGAUGCUUCUAAAUUUUCCACCUUCUUUGGAAAUGUCCCUAUUUUCAAAAUUCCUGGACGCACGUUCCCUGUGGAUGUAUUAUUCAGCAAGAACCCUGUAGAGGAUUAUGUUGAUUCUUCUGUAAAACAAGCUCUGCAGACGCAUCUACAGCAGGCCGAAGGAGAUAUUUUGAUAUUUAUGCCUGGGCAGGAAGAUAUUGAAGUGACAUGUGACCUCAUCACAGAACGUCUUGGCCAACUUGAUGAUGCUCCUCCAUUAGCCAUACUUCCCAUUUAUUCUCAACUUCCGAGUGACCUCCAAGCUAAAAUCUUCCAAAGGGCACCUGAUGGUAUCCGUAAAUGUGUAGUUGCUACAAAUAUUGCUGAGACUUCCCUGACAGAAUUCUCUUUCAUUCAUUGCUUCUUUUCUUUCUCUAUUUUUUCUGUAUUACUUUCUGUGUUUGGCGGGUGGAUCUGCAUUGCAACUGCAUUUAUUAAGCUGGGGGUGGUGGCGUACUCCUGUAAUCCAGCUGCUUUGGAGGCUUGUUUGAGUGGACGGUUUGAGAGUGGGGUUCCUGGUCUGCGUUCCAUUAUGGCGAUCGUAGCCCGGUAUCUACAUGUCUUUUCUUUUUGGUCUUUUUUUGGUCUUUCUUUCUUUUUGGUCUUUCUUUCUUUUGGUCUUUCUUUCUUUUUGGUCUUUCUUUCUUUCUUGGUCUUUCUUUCUUUCUUGGUCUUUCUUUCUUUCUUGGUCUUUCUUUCUUUCUUGGUCUUUCUUUCUUUCUUGGUCUUUCUUUCUUUCUUGGUCUUUCUUUCUUUCUUGGUCUUUCUUUCUUUCUUGGUCUUUCUUUCUUUUUUCUUUCUCUGGUCUUUCUUUCUUUUUUGGUCUCUUUCUUUCUUUUUGGUCUUUCUUUCUUUUUGGUCUUUCUUUCUUUUUGGUCUUUCUUUCUUUUUGGUCUUUCUUUCUUUUUGGUCUUUCUUUCUUUUUGGUCUUUCUUUCUUUUUGGUCUUUCUUUCUUUUUGGUCUUUCUUUCUUUUUGGUCUUUCUUUCUUUCUUUUUUUUUGGUCUUUCUUUCUUUUUUUUCUUGGUCUUUCUUUCUUUUUUUUUGGUCUUUCUUUCUUUUUGGUCUUUCUUUCUUUUUGGUCUUUCUUUCUUUUUGGUCUUUCUUUUUUCUUUUUUCUUUCUCUUUUUUCUUUCUUUUUGGUCUUUCUUUCUUUUUUCUUUCUUUCUUUCUUUUUUCUUGGUCUUUCUUUCUUUUUGGUCUUUCUUUCUUUUUGGUCUUUCUUUCUUUUUUCUUUCUUUCUUUCUUUUUUCUUGGUCUUUCUUUCUUUUUGGUCUUUCUUUCUUUUUUGGUCUUUCUUUCUUUCUUGGUCUUUCUUUUUCUUUUUUCUUUCUUUCUUGGUCUUUCUUUCUUUCUUGGUCUUUCUUUCUUUCUUGGUCUUUCUUUCUUUCUUGGUCUUUCUUUCUUUCUUGGUCUUUCUUUCUUUCUUGGUCUUUCUUUCUUUUUGGUCUUUCUUUCUUUUUUGGUCUCUUUCUUUCUUUUUUCUUAGUCUUUCUUUCUUUUUGGUCUUUCUUUCUUUUUUGGUCUUUCUUUCUUUUUGGUCUUUCUUUCUUUUUGGUCUUUCUUUCUUUUUGGUCUUUCUUUUUCUUGGUCUUUUUUCUUUCUUUCUUUCUUUUGGUCUUUCUUUCUUUUUGGUCUUUCUUUCUUUUUUGGUCUUUCUUUUCUUUUUUCUUUCUUUCUUGGUCUUUCUUUCUUUCUUGGUCUUUCUUUCUUUCUUGGUCUUUCUUUCUUUCUUGGUCUUUCUUUCUUUCUUGGUCUUUCUUUCUUUCUUGGUUUUCUUUUUGGUCUUUCUUUCUUUUUUGGUUCUUUCUUUCUUUUUGGUCUUUCUUUCUUUUUGGUCUUUCUUUUCUUGGUCUUUUCUUUCUUUUCUUUCUUUUCUUGGUCUUUCUUUCUUUCUUGGUCUUUCUUUCUUUCUUUUGGUCUUUCUUUUUGGUCUUUCUUUUGGUCUUUCUUGGUUUUUUUUUGGUCUUUCUUUCUUGGUCUUUCUUCUUUCUUUCUUGGUCUUUCUCUUUUUGGUCUUUCUUUCUCUUUUUUCUCUUUCUUUCUUUCUUUUUCUUUCUUUCUUUCUUUUUUUCUUUCUUUCUUUCUUUCUUUCUUUUUUUUUUGAUGGUAUUAUGUUUGUCAUUGAUUCUGGGUAUUGUAAACUGAAAGUUUUCAAUCCCAAAAUUGGUAUGGAUGCUCUCCAAGUGUUUCCAAUCAGUCAGGCAAAUGCUAAUCAGAGAUCAGGACGAGCAGGAAGAACUGGACCAGGUCAAUGUUUUCGUUUGUACACUGAGCGGCAGUAUAAAGAUGAAAUGCUGAUUACUACGGUUCCUGAGAUCCAGAGGACCAACUUGGCUAAUGUGGUGCUUCUCUUGAAAUCUCUUGGGGUACAAGAUCUCUUACACUUCCAUUUCAUGGACCCUCCCCCUCAGGAUAACAUAUUGAAUUCCAUGUACCAACUUUGGAUUCUUGGUGCUUUGGAUAAUACCGGAAUGUUAACACCACUUGGCCGUCAAAUGGUGGAAUUUCCUUUGGAUCCAGCCUUGUCAAAAAUGCUGAUUAUUUCUAUGGAGAUGGGAUGUAGUGCUGAAAUCUUGGUGAUUGUGUCUAUGCUGUCAGUUCCAGCCAUUUUCUAUCGGCCCAAAGGACGAGAAGAGGAUUCGGAUGCUGCACGAGAGAAAUUCCAAGUACCUGAAAGUGACCAUCUCACUUACCUCAAUGUUUAUCAACAAUGGAAAAAGAACAGUUACUCAGCAAGUUGGUGCAAUGAACAUUUCAUUCACAUCAAAGCAAUCCGAAAGGUGCGCGAAGUGCGGCAACAACUCAAAGAGAUCAUGGAUCAACAAAGAAUGGAUUUAAUAUCAUGUGGUAAUGACUGGGAUGUGAUUCGGAAGAGCAUUUGUUCAUCUUAUUUCCACCAAGCUGCAAGGCUUAAGGGAAUUGGAGAAUAUGUGAAUUGCCGAACAGGAAUGCCGUGCCAUUUGCAUCCAACUAGUGCCCUAUUUGGAAUGGGCUACAAUCCUGACUACAUUGUCUAUCAUGAACUUGUGAUGACUUCAAAGGAAUACAUGCAGUGCGUAACAGCUGUUGAUGGACAAUGGUUAGCUGAGCUUGGUCCCAUGUUUUAUACAAUCAAAGAUUCUUCCAAGUCAAGACAGGAAAGAAAGAAGCAAGUCCGAGAAGAGAUGACUGCAAUGGAAGAAGAGAUGAAAAAAGCUGACGAGUUAAUAAAAGCACGGAAGGAACAACAAGAACGUUUGAUGCUUGGGUCAAAAAGGUCAAAUAUUGCAACUCCUGGAAGGAAAGACCCAGCCACUCCUUGGUCAAGCAGAAAAACCCCUGGAAAAUUUGGUCUUUGA